UUACGGAUUUUGUAAGGGUCCUCCCCCUGUCGUUGCUUGCAUGAAUUUCGUUCGUUGGCGUCUUCCCUCUCGCAAAGUGUCUCUGCUCGCCGCGAUUGCGACAACGGUUCUGUGUCGGCUGACUUGACGUUGAUGGCAGACUUGUACCGCAGGCUGCCUUUGCUGCUGCUCGUCGCUCUGCUGCUGCUCAUCGUUGUCGUCUUCCACAUCUGUUUCCUCGGUCGCGUUCCUGGAAGGAAACAGACGCGUCGAACGGCGAAGAGGGCGACGAAGAUGGAUAAGUUUCAGACGAAGACGACGCUGUCGGUGGGAGGCGGGGGGUCCUCGCGUCAGCGUUGCAAGAGUGCGGAAGGCGGCAGGCGGUCGUACGACCCGACGCUGUACAGCCACCUGCCGUCCCACGAGAUUCCAUUACCUCCGGGUGACGAAGACGUCGACAACCCCAAAUCCUCAACGGUUCCUCUGGGCAGCGGCUCGAUGCAGGAUUGGAUGGGGAACCAGGUGUACAGACACGCAUCGACGCCGACGUACACUGAUUUGCUGGAGGGUCGGACCCCCGCUGGUUACGACACUGGACUCGUCGAUCUGAGCUUCGGUCUGAGGUCUGGGAGUGGCGAGGGCCUGACGCACACUGUUCUCGUUAACCCGGCUUCUGCCUCGAAACACACAUCGCCUUCUGUGAGGGCGGCUGGCCCUGCGGAUAGUCGUGGAUUCGUUUCGCCGAGGCGGGUGGCUUUGAGUACAGCAAGUGUGGCAGCGUCGAAGAAGAAGACAGUCGGAUUGGCAGGCUGUCGAAUGACGACGCCAGGCGGUGCAAUCGACGGAGAAGGGGACGACGACGAGCGCAACGCCACAGAGGUCGUCGGUCGUCAGUUUUGGGAUGAUGAACGGCAACGAUUGCGUUCCACGAACACGGCCAGCAUAACGAGAGGGGUGGCGAGAAUCAGUGUGGGGGCCGAAGAAGAAUUUCAGGACUGCGCUGGUGGAGGGGGCGAGGAGAUCGCUGCAGACGCCGGCGGUGAUGACAACGACGAAGACGACGACAACGAGAUGGAGAUUCGUCCAGUAGGGAGGAAGCGCGGAGGGUCGACGGCGAGAACCAAGGUCAGAGAAUCGCGCACGGGGCGGAAACACAAGAAGAACGACGAAGAAUUGUCGGCAGGCGACGGAACAAAAAGUAGGGAUUUUUGGACAGUGGAGCAUAUGAUCGCUCUUAUCAGAGCCAAAAGAGACCAGGAUUCGCAUCUGGCCGGCCUGGGGCACAACCACGGACGGAUGAAGACGAAGACAUGGAAGUGGGAGGACGUGGAGAAGAGGCUGGUGCAGAUGGGGGUGACGGGUAGGAAGGCCGUCGACUGCAGAAAGAAAUGGGACAACCUGUACCAACAGUUCAAAUCCGUGCACAAGUUCAUGGGAGAGUCCGGCAAGCCUAACUUCUUCACUCUAACGCCGGGGGAGAGGAGGGAGCGGGGGUUCGACUUUAGGAUGGAUGAGCGCGUGUAUUCGGAGAUGAAGGCGAUGUCAAGGGGCGAUCACACUAUACACCCCACGAAUCUCGCGGACACGGGGCGAGCUGUAGUGGACGGCCUGUCCUGUCCAUGGUGUACUGCGAGACCACGCACCGUAGAAAAGGGCAUUCCGGGAGGCAUUCCAUACCGCUGGCAUUCUAUCGCGACGGCUACAAAGGCACCGUUUGUGCAUGGUAUCGUCGUCGCAGGCGUAGUCAUCCGUUUGUUACGCUACGAUCGCAGGGUUUGGGCUCCGCGGGCAUCCACGUCCUCCUGCAUCCACGUCAGCCAAGUGGCGUGCCAUCGGACUGGUCCUUCUUCCACAGCAGCGAAGCGCCUCAUCGUCAACGUCGUCCGACGGCAAGGUGCCCGUCAUCGACCUCCCGCCGCUCCUUCAUCGUCGUCGUCCACGUGGUCCUUCGUCCACGUCAGCCAAGCGCCGCAGCUUUCUGCAUUCGGCACACACUUUUUUGUGGACGACAUGGCACCGCGCGGCGCUUCAGGGAAGGUGAAAAGAAAUAGCGGAUCGGGCGACGGUGGGGAGACCCAAAAAAGCAGAGGGCACAUACCGAAGUCGAAAAGGCCGCGCUUCGAUGACUACAACUCCGAACAUAGUGGGGAUUUGCACGGCAAGGAUGAGUCGAUGGUGGAUGCACAAGGGGCGGACGUCAUGAAGCGAUUGGGGUUUGGGCGGGAUGGGGUGUCGAGGGAGCAGCUGGCCGCUGUGAAGCAAGGCUUGCUCGGUGGUGUCGCCGUCUCAUUGGCACGAACCCCGAGGUCCGCAGGGAUUGUCAUGACGGACGCGCGCGCGGCGAGACAAGUUCCGCCAAAGGUCGUGCACGUGGCGCCACGUCAGCCAAUCCCAGCGCAACAGGCAGGGACUUCAGGGGUGGAAAAAACACUGUCCGCGCAAAAGGUCGACACGACGACGGGCGGUGGUCGGACGGCGGUGGCGGAAAACACCACUGUGAGCGGAGCGCGGAGGGUGCGGGAGAGGGGAGGGUUGAUGACGUUCGCCGCGAUGAUGGGAGGAAGGAUGCCAGGGGGGGGGGCGAUGAUGACGACGACCAUCGAUGACCCUGCGCAGCGUGAACCGGCUUUGCGCAGAGCGCGCAACGUGGAGAAAGUGGUGCUGCGUGCCAUCCACGACUGGAUCUUCAAAUCGUCAUCCAGGUCGACAGGCUUCGCUCGUGCAGAAUCGUACGUGACAUUGGACUUCGCAACAGACGUCGCGCGAGCAGUCUGGCAGGCUUUAGAAUGGUCGAGAGUCGUUUCCCCUGCCCUUGUCUACCACACGCUAGCGAUGAAGAUGGACGUGCCUCUAUGGUUCGCUGGAGUGAAGAUUGUGGAUAGGCCCGAAGACGACGACAUGGCGGCGCGGCAGGAGGCGACAAUUCUGCGCCUGGUAGACUGCUGGACAGAUGCAGUUUGGUGCAGGCAAUGGGUCGACGGUGGCCGCCUGAAACAGGAUAGGUUGACGCGCCUUGCGGAUUGUCUUCGAGUUUUGUUGAGCGCGUGCAUAUGGAUCAUGCGGAUGGGCGGUGAUGAUGACCGCUCGCACUACGAGGCAUCAUUCUACGCGUCCAUGGUCGCCAAACCGACACUCAUAGCGGCGGGCUCCUACAUAUUCAACUGGCGGCGGCGGCACAUCGUUGACAGCGCCAACCUUGUCUUGGAUCGUUUGGGGAAGGCCCACCUCACGCAGGGAGAUUACCCGCAUUGCAUCCCCGAAUGGGCCGAUUGCGGAUUGGUUUUCGGUCACAACGCGGCCCUCAAGAAUGCAGCGGAAGCAGCAAAACACGGGUGGAUCGGCAGCGGCCCACCGGCGGAUGACGAUGGGGAUGACGAGAAGUGACACGUGGUUCAUCCGCAAGGCCGCGGAGGGAUGGGGGCGACGGUGGGGGGGAAUGAUGGUGGGGGGGGGGGGUGUUGUAUGGAAGAUGAGAUGGCCGGUCGCCGUUCCUGCGCAGCACUCCAUG